AUGCAGGCGUUAGACCGGCGAGUUCAAGUGUCUGAGGAGACGGCUAGUGAUGUCGGUGCGGAUGCGGCGGACGAAGAAGAGGCAGUUGUAGGAGGCACGGACUAUUUCAGUCUUCUAGGACUCCACUUCGAUCCGAGUGCGCCGCCCAGCGCCCAGCAAGUCGCACAAGCUUACCGCCAGGCAGCCAAGCGCUAUCACCCAGACCGAAAUCCGGCUAGCCCAGCAACAGCUAAACGACACUUUGAACGUAUCUAUCGCGCCUACGAGACCUUGAGAAACGCGGAAACACGAAACGCGUAUAUAAGUUGGCUUCUGCGGCAGCGGUCUGGAGCCGAUUUUUCGUACAGGGUUGCUCCAGAGCGGCGAAGAACGUACCUCAGCAUGCGCAGUCGACGGCGUCUUCAGUUUCGCCGCGAGCUCGAAGCACGCGAACAGCGAACAAGUGCGUGCUACCGAAAUCGAAAGCAAGAAAAGAACGUAGAAUCUCUAGGGCCUUUAUCGACAAACCGUCAGAGCGCCUCCUCUCGUGAUGCUCCGGCCACAGAGUCAUGA